CGCGAAAACGGCGGGAAAUGCUUAAAAUACUCAAGAUGGCGAACAAGUACUUCUCUAUCUCUUUGAGACGUUUCCACCCUUUUUAAGACGGACGUUUUGCUCUUCUUUCGUACAGGUAAGCAAUGCCAUUUAUUUUAAUUUUAUAUCUUAAGCCAACUUGGUUACCGUUGGUUACAGAAGACCAUUUUCCCUGAAGAAGAUUAGCUCGAGUCGAUCGACAAGUUUUAUCACGAAUCUUUAAAAUUAGCAGUGUGGAAGAAAACAUCGCACAGUUCACACUGCAUGUUUAUUGUGCCAUUCCUCUUCUCGUUCUUGCAUCAUUUAUAUAGUUUUGUGGUGAAGUUUGGUGUUUAAAGGAAGAAAACUGGCAGAAAGGACUUUCUGUACCGACAUUUGUCAGCAGCGCAGCACUGUUUGGUAAUAGCCAAAUAAGAGAAACAUCCGGAAAGAUUUCUGAAAACAGUUCCAAAACAAAGCCUUUCUCCCAAAGAUAAUUGAUGGUUUCCGUCAUUUCGUUUUCUAUUCUGAAACAAAUGUAAUUAGCAUGAUGAAGAAUAGGGCCAUACAGAAAUCUUGCUGUAGAACAAGUUUCCCAUGGUAACUGUCAAACCGCUGACGUAAUUGCUGGGAUUAAUAUCUAUCUAGCUUUAUCAAAAUGCUGGCUCAUUGAUUAACUUGUAUAAUUUGCGGGAUUAAAUCAAUUAAUAUUUAUCGGGUCCAUAUUUCAAAAGUUGUGAUUCUACUUAACCUGACAGAGUACUGUUUAUUUAACGUGUAAGAACAAAGUCAACGAGUUCAGGAACAAUAUCCUCCAUUUGGCGUGAAAAUAUGCAUGGAUAUUUGUCCACAGACAUUAUCUCUCCUCUCCAAGGAGCUCAAGGAAAAAUGUGAGCUUUAACAAACAGAUGAUGUCCAAGGACAAAUAAACAAGCAUAUUUUUGCACAAAAUAGAGGCUAUUGUGUAUAUUAUCCUUCAAAUAUUUUGCAAUGUCUACGAAAAAGUUUUCACAAACAUCUUUCUGGGAUUCUUUCUUUUGUGUUCUCUGCUAGGACUUUAUGAACAAAGAAAUAUUUUCCUUCAUCCAAAACAAUAAUCUUGAAUUAAAUUUUCAAAUGAAGACUCCUCAUUGUGGACAUAAGGUUUGAAAAUUGGGGAAUUUCACUUGACUGAUAUCCUUGGAUAUCCCUUAGUUUUUGUUGUGGAAUAUUAGAUCACUUAAUGUGUUUAGACCAAUGUGUGUGCGAGCAAAAAUAUUUGAUGGAUGGUAAUUGACAGUUAUUCCAUGAGUGUGUGGUGGAUAUGGGAUGGUAAAUAGCAAAUGAGGUGCAUAGUGUGGAGUUGGCUAUAACCAGUCUUACAUCCAACAAGCAGGAAUGGUCAAUAACUGUUUUAGUCAAUUAAAUUAUCCACAAUGCAAGGUAGAAGUGUUUGUCUCUGGCCAAAAUUAAAUCAAGCUUUGCGUAAAUUGGGUAAAUCAUAUUUCCAUGUGAGAUGAUUCGGUAUAUAAAUUGGGUAAAUUACAUUCAAUGUAAGGUGAUUGGGUAUAUGAGCUGAUAACCAGAGGUGAGUGAUGCAAUCAGAAUACUAGAAAUGCAAUAUCUGGAGUUUUCAUUUAAUAAAACACAAUAAACUAAUAGUGGCAUGUCCUGCUGAAACAUGUCUUUUUAAAAAAAGUUUUCUGGUGAAUAUGAAAUAAUUUAUUUUGAUUAUAUUGUUAUCACAAUGUUAUGGAAGCAUCAUACAGGUCUAUAUUAUUUUGAACAUGUUUACCCACCAGCAUGAGGUGUCAUAUUUUCUGGAUCAAAUGCUAGGACCCUGAUGAAAACUUUCCUUGUAAUUUAAAACUGAGUUCAGCAGGUGUUAUAAGGAAGGGUGAAAGAGCCUUUGGGGUCAGCUGAGUAAUCUUGUACAAAGUAUUUUCAAAUGAGGUAGUUUUUAAGGACUUAAGGCAUGUACUGUAAGGCAUAAUUAGACCAGCCUAGAAAACAAGAGAAUAAAGAACAGAUCUAAGAAAGAAACCAUUAACACAUAAAACAAGAAAGGGGAAUGAUGUCAAUAAUGGAUGAGAUAAUGACUUACAAAGUGAUUCCGUCAGAUGUGUUGUAUAAAAUAAAUAAAGUUUUCUUUUAUUCAUUGUAGAUGGAUGUGAUGAAGUGAAAACAAUGACAUGCUCAAAUAUAUGCAUCAAGAAAUGUACAAUCCAUGUUAUACGAGAAAGUAGGUCAAUAAAAGACUGGUUUGUCCUUAGAAUACAAGUCAGCUAUGUUGCAAGUAAAGGUAUGAAUUUAGAGAUGUAUGAAUUUAGAAAUGUAUGCUAUAAUUCAAAUCCUACUAUGAAUUUCCAUAGUGUAGAUAUUGAAACAGUAGUUCAAUUUUUACUCUUCUUGUUAAAUGUACUGUACUUAAGCACACAUGAUAUAGCUUACUGAACAUUCUUCAGAUUCAAACUAUUGUAAUGUGAUUCUUUGUUCAUAUAAAUUAUUUUAAUAAUCAAUUAAAACUAUCAAAGUUCUCCAAGAAUCUGGCAAUCAACCAAAAUCUUCAAGAUUUUGUGCCAAUUAGUGCAAGAACUUGAAGUAUUUUUCCUUAUAUGUUGGGGGAUCUAUAAUCUGAUCUUAAAUAAACUUUGAAGAAAAUAUCAUAAAAUCAUAUGGUAUUCUCAUUACAAAAGAUCUUCAGUCUGUAUGAAUUUAAGAUUCUGGAAAAGAAUGCAAGAAUGCAAGAUUGCAAAGAUUGCUUCACAAAUCUGUUGUGUUGUGUAAACAAAGCAAUGCAUGAUGUGGCAUAUUAUUGACUGCAUCAUGUCUUUGAGAAUCUCCAAAUCUGUGAAGAGUUUUAAUUUGGUAUUCAAUUAUCUUUACUGAUUUGUUUUGAUGAAAUCUUAUCUUAAAGACUGUGACCAAUUUCAUUUUUGCAAGAAACUGUUUAUGGCUUUCUACUAUUAUGCUAUUCUGCACAAUAGUUUUAUAUAUGUUAAGCUUUGGCAGCUGACUUAUUACAGAAAAGGGUCUCUAAUCUAGGUUGAAAAAACCUGACAAGGUUGGGUCAUUUCCAACCCAACCAAUCAGUUAACAUUGUAUGAGUGUGCACAAAACUGAAAUCUAGUAUAGAGAAUCCUCUCCUUAAAGUUGAAAUAAAAUGUUAAUAUGUGCUGUACUAGGUAAGACCUAAGGGCUGCAGUAACCUCUAAAGGUUACAUGGGGGUUUUUACGAGUGGUUAAUUUAGUUACAUUAAGAACAUCAUCUGCGCAUGUAUGUAUAUGUACUUAUAGGCUCAUUCUGCCAGAUCUCAUUCUGGUUUCCCUAAUGAAGCAAAUAGAAUUAAGUGUUAAUGCCCUUCUCCCCCAAUGGGAUUUCAGUCACUGAGUUACCUUCACUAUUACUUUAGGCUUCCAUGAUAAUUUGCUGGUACCCAUUUACACUCUUGGUUGGAGAGAGACACUGUGAAAGUAGUGUUCUGCCCAAGAACACAACACAGGGGAGAGGGAACCCAGACCAGGUCUUGAAAAAGAACCUCUUGACCUGGAGUCUAGCGCACUAACCAUUAGGCCAAAGCAUCUCCCACUUUUUAGGUUUGUGUGUCUUGGUAGAGAUCCUUAAAGACCCCUAGAAACUGUAAACCCUGAAAAACUCAUAAAAGAACCUGUCACCCUAAAUUUAUCAAGUGGAAUGAACCUUCUGAAGAUGCUUUUCUAGUUCUAAACUAGACAUUGAGAUAUUAAACCUACCCUGUCCUUUCCAUACUCACUAUUUUCUAGCUGGCAACUGAUAUUUCUAUCAAAGCUCAGCUUUAAUUCAUAAGUGAGAAAUCAGUAGGUAAAAUUGGAGCAGAGGCUGUCGAAGAAAUCAUAAUUUUCAAAGCAUUCAGUUAAAACCUACUCUACUUCAUGCAAUAGCACUUACCUAUAGCCUGUAUUAUAUUUAUAAAAUUACCCGGACCAAGUCAUAGAAUGAAUGAUGUUGAAUCACAGUUGAGAUUAUUUGCCCACCUUGUUUGAUAUAACAUUGAAUUUAGACAAAAUUUCAUACACCUAUUGCAGAAAAUCGCUUGGUGAACAUUGCAGUCUAAAGUAUGAAACUGGGAUGACCUUUGGUCCUCAUUAUUAACCAUCAAGAUCAUAUAAAGCUUAUCUUAUUUUCCUCUAUUCGAACAGCAUCAUGAAUGUCACAUAACUCACAAAACGUGAAAAAUACUUUAUGAAGUACCUAUUGAGCUGUAACAGCCACUGCACAUUAUGAAGUAAAAUACAUGACUACCUGAAUAUGUACUUUGUUCAAGUAUACAUUUAACAUAUUUACUAAGGUAGCACACUAUAUAUGUGUAUUGUCACAUAAUAUGUUAUGUAGACAUCAGUAUCAUAAAUAAGAAAUGCAUGUAUUGUAAUGAAGGCUUGAAGGCUUGGCUGUCAGUGCAUUUUAAGAUAGGGUGAGAUGAAAUAUUUCAUAUGAGAGCCAAGUCUGAUGGCAGUUACAAACCACUAAUUGAGAAAAUUAUCCUUUACAGCUAAAUCUCCGGUAACUUGAUUAUCAAAAUCCACACACAGAAAUUAUCAUCAAUCGCAUGUACUUAGUAAAAACUUUGUCAAGCUAAGUGUAUAACGGAUUUAUGAACAACAAAGUUUACUCAUGAUUACUUUUCAGAAGAGUCAUCGUUAGUCUCUUAUGCCGAGAGACAUUUCAGAUUGUAUGAUGGAGUGGAAACGUUUCUCUUGUUCAUUGGUUAUCCACGUAGCAUUCAUAGUUUAGUGGGAGCCCUAUUGGAUGCUCACCCGGAAAUAAUUAUAUCACACGAGUAUGGUGUGGUAGGAAAAUGGGAAAAAUACCGCUCAGCGCGGUUGAAGAAAAAGAAAAACCUACAAAAAUACGCACUGUUCUAUGACCUUCAUCAGUUUUCCUUGAGGGAUGCACUAUUUGGAAGGCGUGCUACAUUCAGUAAGACGCUUCUUGCACCAAAGUUCAGGUACACUUACAAUGUGCCUGGUUUAUGGCAAGGUGGAUAUCAAAGGAAAAUUAAGGUUAGUUCAGUGAGUCAAAGUUUUAGGUUUUUCUCGUAGUUCUCGAAGACGUUGAUGCUCUUUGCUACUGAAUGCCCUCACUCACUCUCCCCCACCCACUAUACAGUGGCUAACUCCCCUAUAUAAUGACCCUAUCGUGGGUCUGUGUAGGUGUUCUCGGGCAAGAUACUUAACCCUUUAACUCGCAAGGUCUCAUUAGUCAUUCUCCCUACUGUCUGCCAUACAGAUCUUGUGAUGUUAGUUUGGAGAAUUUGGUAUUGGAUCAGUUUAUAAUCCCCCAAUUGAUAUUUUUCUUUAUUCUCGUCACUUGUCUCCUUGACAUUGUAUCGAUAUCGUAAGGAGAAAUUCUGUCUUGGUCACUCGUCGGAGUUAAAGGGGUUUUUUUUAUCAGAACGAUACAUGUAUAUGGAAUUGUGGUACAAACAAAGUCCAUGAUAACCAGUAAUAGAAUUACACUGUAUGGCAUGCAGAAGUGGGGUUCUUAUACAUGCAUAACCGAAAUACCAACAUCGGUGGCAAUCAGGUACAAUUGCUAGGAGCAGAUAUGCUAAGAACAUUUUAGUUUUUAUAGAACUAAAGCUUUAAAACCCAUAGUGAAUUAUGUUUAUUUAUUUUGGGUUAAGGUUAUCGGCGAUAAGCAAGCUGGUAAAACUUCAGAGUUCUUAUCAACGGCAAUAGACAUUCUAAAAGAAAUAAGGCAAACCCUCCAAGUACCGCUGAGAUUUAUACACAUUGUCAGGAACCCUUUUGACAACAUUGCCACCAUGACACUUCGAGAAACAGGAACGCGAGAGGCUGUGAUUGAAGAAGGAACGCAAGUAAGGACGUUGUAGACAUUCUUACUCUAAAUUUGGUGACAUUCAUUUGGCGACACAUUGAAGUUAACUGGGUUCCAAAUCCUCACAAAAGGCAUGGCGCUCAAAACUUUCUUUUUUUCUUUUCUUUUCUUUUCUUUUCUUCUCACCUAACAGAUAAACAAUACAGCCCAAGACUUGGAGAAGUCUAUUAACCGCUAUUUCAAAUUAGCGGCUGCAAACCAACGCGUCCGGGAACUUUAUGGCGAUGAAGUUGUCGAUAUUGCAGGGCACGAAACUAUACUGAGACCUAAAGAAACUCUCCAGAGAUUAUGCGACCAUUUAAACGUCGCAUGUUCUGAGGAUUACUUCGAGAAAUGUAGCAAUAUCCUGUUUUCAACCCCCUCAAUCACAAGACACAAAGUACUUUGGACUGAGGAACAAAAAGUACGCGUAACACAAAUGAUGAAGAAUUACUCCUUUCUUCGAGAAUUUUCUUUCGAUAAGUAUCCCAUAUGA